CGUUCAAUAGUACGACGGGAACCAGACGUUUCCGAAGUUUAAAAAGAUGGACAGCGAAAAUGUUGAAAUUUGUUAUGAUUUCACAAAGAAAACAUGGCGAGACGAUGUUACUUUCCUUGUAGAGAACCGACAUGUUUACGCGACUAAAGCGAUUUUGGCUCUUGCGUCCCCAGUGUUUGAAGCUAUGUUCGGGUCAGGGUUUAGAGAAAAUAGCGAAGAUGAAAUACCUUUGCCAGACAAGAAGUUUAGAGAUUUUAAUGAGUUCCUUCACUGCAUGUAUCCAAACUCCAAAAAGAAAGUAGGUGCCCAAAAUGUGUAUAGAAUCCUUCCUUUGGCGGAUGAAUACAAUGUGAAACCACUGAUCAGAGAUUGUAUGAGAUUUCUUAAUAAACGAAUUAUGGAGGAUCUCGUUCCAGUCAAGGAAGUAGUUUAUUGUCAUGGAUUAGCAGCACGCCAUAGUUUCAAAUCUCUUCGAGAAGACUGUGCUACAAGGCUUGUUCGUGCAGGAGUGAAGGUUUUAGAUGCUGUUAAUGUCAAUGAUGCAGAUACCCUUCUUGAGAUGCAUAAAGACAUUUUAGAGAAACAAGGUGAUGUGUUGGAAGAAACUCGUACUGAACUAGUUAAUAUAUAUCUGCAUAAAACUAUAAGAGUUGAACCAACUGUUAAUUUAUCAAAAGAGAAAGGUUCCAUCAUAAAAUUUAAAGUCAACAUAAACUCACUAAAACAAAAUCGAAAAAGUUUUGGUGAUCCAGUAAAGCUUUGGGACAUUGACUUUCACAGCCUUAUAUCCAUGUCCCAAAAGAAUGAUAAGAAUUCACUUUCUUUCCAUAUUUGUGCAAGGUUUCUUCCAGAGAGUCCAGCAAAUAAAACAUGCAAAGUGUUUGCAAACAUUUUUAUUGAUCUGUAUGAAAGAGGUAGGAAACGUAAUUAUAAUUUUCUGAUCAAAUGGCGAGAAUUCACAAAGACAUCUCACACUUGGGGCUUCAAUGAUUUUGCACAAAGCGUGGAACAGUCAUUCAGUGAAGGUGAUUCAAUAGAUAUUGUUAUAUAUUUGAUGACUAAAAAGCCAGAGAUCAAAAAUGAAUAAUUCUGUGGGGAAGGAUGAAAGAUUCUUUGUGAACAUUUAUGUUGACAAACAUGAACAUUGAAACAACUAGAACUGAAAUAAAAACCCAACAACAUUGUAAGAAUUUACUUUUUAUUGCUUUUUACAAUGUACAGUUCACCACAAUUUUUUGUUUUAUGAAAUAUGAAAAUGAUAAUGAACAACAAUGACAAGGUAUAAACUCUCAGGAUGAUGUAUAUUUUGUUUUUUUACAGUUAAAACAUACAACAUUGUUGAAAUAUAAUUAUUACAUGUACCAACACACGAGAUAAAACUUUAGUGAAAAAUAUGUGGUUCUCUUCUCAAUUACAUACAUGUAUAUAUACUCUCUCAACAAAAAAAAGGAAACGGUGGGCUAUAGUUAAGUACCAUUUACAAAUUUAACAACAUCAAC